CGCUUAGAACUUGUCGUCGUCAGUUAGUACGUUCUGUAACUCCGCUAGAAGUUAAAUUAAGCGAUGAGGGCACGGAAUACCAGGAGGACAGUCCUGCUGAUAAGUCGAAAACAAUUGCAAGUUGUAAAUCAAAUUCGAAUGGACCCAAAGAAUCUAAAGUUUCUGAAGUAGACUUGAGUGAUUUGACAACCGAACAACAACGACAAGCAAGAGAAAUAUUAUGCCGGGAAGCGGACGCCUUUGCACAAGAUGACGUAGAUAUCGGGUGUAUCAAUUUGCAAAUGAAAAUCAACCUGACGGACCAUGAAGCAGUACAGAAGAAUUAUCUUUCCAUCCCACGACCGUUAUACCCAGAGGUAAAAGCGUACAUCGAGGACCUGCUAAAUAGAAAUUUCAUGGGGAAAUCAAGAUCACCAUAUUCUAGCAGUGUGGGGUGUGUGCGAAAGAAGGAUGGUGGAAUGCGCUUAUGCGUGGAAUAUAGAAGUUUGAGCAAGAAAACGGUUCCGGAUCGUCACCCAAUACCUCGUAUACAAGAAACAUUGGACAACCUUGGUGGGAACUGUACUAUUCCACUCGUUUACUUGCUCGAUUGCUUCUAA